GACGCUUUUGAGGAGUUCAAGGGCCACAGCGUGCUGUUUCCAUAGAGACACACACAGAAAGUGACCCGCGCUUGGAAACUAUGCUGAACGAAACUUUAGUUUUAACACACUGCUGAUUUCAGACAUCGACUAAAGGUUCAAAAUGUCAUGCAGACAGGCCAAAGGAAGGCUUCAAGUCUUGCAGAUCUAUCGGCUGCUUCAGUGCAUCCAGGAUGGAGAUAAGACGUACAUAGAGAAACUAAUCAGCAUGGGUGCUGACGACCUUAUCAAUCUGACCGAGCCGCGUGACGGGAAUGGGGUCCUGCACUUGGCGUCAGUGACCAACAAACCCGACAUGCUGGAGUUUCUCGUUGAUCAAGGUGCCUGUCCAGAUGUGCAGGAUAGGAGUGGACGGACACCACUGAUGUUGGCCGCAGAACUUGGAUUUGAUGGCAUCGUGUCUCUUCUGGCCAAGAAGAACGCAGACAUGAAACUUGUAGAUACAGAAGGGAAAGGCGUCCUUUUCUACUGCCUCCACCCCACCAAAAGACAUAUGCGCUGCCUCCAGGUGGUCCUUAAUGGCAAUGCAGAUGUCAACAAUGUUUCAGAAACUGGUAUACCAGUGUUCCUGCUAGCCUGUGAACAAGCUCAGGACUGUGAAGAAAUGUGCAUCAGCAUACUAAAGAGAGGAGCAGACCCCAAUGCUACAAAUCAGGAAACAGGUCGAACAGCUCUGAUGGAGGCGGCCAGAGCAGGAGCAUUAGAUCUAGUGAGAGCAAUCCUCAAGAAAGGAGGAAACGUUAAUGCUCUGGACAAGAAGCGAUUCCACGCAGCUCACUUUGCAGCUGAAAAAGGCUUCUUUGAAAUCAUUAAGGUGCUGUCUGCAUAUAGAGCAGAUGUUGGAGUGGUAACAACAGAGGGCGAUUCACCUCUGCAUUUUGCUGCCUCUGGUGGAUACACAGAUUGUUGCAGAUUUCUAGCUCAAAGAGGGUGCAAUCCCAAAUUAAAGAACCAAGAAGGCCUGCUUCCCCGUCAGAUUGCUAAGGACUGUGGGCACAAGGCCACUGUAAAAGAGCUUAAGAAGGCUGAACGGCUGCAUGGAAAGUCCUCAAAAGGAGGCACGAAUGGGCCAUGGGCUCUGAUGCUUCAUGACUGGUCUCAUGAAAAUGAGAAUGAACUGAGAAGUGCUUUCGAGUCUGCAACAGAUGGCUUCAUCGGAUUAGAGUUUGUGCCCAAGGGGACAUUUGUGUCUGUUUUGAAGGAACUUCACGCUCCUCUAGAUGAUGUUCAAAUUCACAUUCUUCUGCUUGCUCUUGAUAAGAGAAGAGAGGGCUUUAUAAAUAUAAACGACUUCUUAAGAGGUCUUAAAUAUCUUCCAAAGACGUAUGUUAUGGCUUCCUAUGGGCCGAAGAAGAAGAAGGCAGCUAAGGCAGGAAAGACCAAAAAGAGUAAGUUCAACCUUCCAUUGCCCAUCUGUACUGUCCCACAAGAUCUCAUUCAUCGGCGGGAUGAUGGAGGGCCACCUCAUUUUAUGAUUGAAAGUUGGCAGCAUGCUACAGACACCCAAAGAUACGACCGGGACCAUCGACCGGGACAUCCUAUUGAAGAUGACACGGCAUGGUACAUCGAUGAGCCAGAAAAGAUUUACAGAAAUUUGAACCACUGCGUUAAAACUGGAGAUAUUGAGUCUCUUAGGUUGGCACUCAGCCAAAAGGUUCCUGUAGAUGUGAAAGAUCGCUUCUACAAGACACCACUUAUGGCUGCAUGUGCAAGUGGGAACUAUGAAAUGGCGAAGUUUCUCCUCGAUAAUGGGGCUGAUGUAAAUGCAUGCGAUCAGUUCAAAUGGACACCUCUGCACCACGCCUGUCAUGCAGGACAGCUGGACAUCAUACAGCUGCUCCUAGAGGCAGGAGCUGCGGUGGACCGGCCCUCCCUGAAUGGAGCCACUCCCCUAAUGAGAGCCAUUGAGAGCUGUAGGCCGUCCUGUGUGGAGUACCUCAUCAAAGCUGGUGCAAAGGUCAAUGCAGUAAAUAAGAUAGAGCAGAACUGUUUGGACGUCGCCCACGCUUAUGCAGACUUCAGAGUGGUGGAUUUGCUCCAGGCUAAGAUUAAUGCGCAACCCAGAGCUAAGGACAACAAGAAGCCACAGCCAGUCAAAAUCCACCGUAAACCAACACCGGCCUCAACGCCUGGCUCUAUCAAAGAAAAGCAGGGCACCGUUCCCACUCCUACAGCCUCCUCAAACUCAGCAGUCAAGAAAGCAAUGAAGAAAGACAGUGUUAUCGUGCACAGCACUCAGAUCACCAGCGGAAAGCUCAACAAAUUGGACAUCAGUUUUGUGCCAAGAACGAAUUGGCAAAACCAUCUGACGACUAGAGAUCUGAUGGACAGGAUGGCAAAGAGGAGGCAACGUUUCAGUUUUGAGGUGGACUUUGAUGACUUUAAGAUGCCUUUCAAUAAAAACAUUCAGAAGAAAUCCAUGGAGUUUGAGCUUACUGACUAACAGGUGUUCCGAUUGGCUUGUGGAGUUCUCACGAGUGGACCAAUCAGAAGAGGAUGGGGGACAUUUAAGCGCUCCAGUGAUGACUCAGACCAGAUUAGGGGGGGAUCCUUGUCUCUUGUCGCUCCUGUGUCUUUCUGUGUGACGAUUGUGCCUGUCUUGUUCUCUGGUUCGCUUUAAGUGUUUUUUUAGGGGGUUUUAACCUUUAAUGGAUAGAAUAGUGCAGAGAAUUGACAGGAAAUAGUUGGGAGCAGAGAGAGGGGAAGGGUCGGCAAAGGACUUCCAACCGGGAAUCGAACUCGGGUCGCCGUGAGCACCAUGGUGCUAUAUGUCAGCGCACUAAACCACUAGGCUAUUCGCGCUGACCUUUAAGUGUUUUUUGAAUUGUAUAUCUGUUCAGAAUGUCCCAUACCAAACCUGCUUAAAUCUACUAAAAGGGAAGUGAAAGUGAAGUACGUCACGUGACUUAAAUUUUUACACACACGUAGUUGAUUCUCUGUUAAUCCACUAGGUCAGAAGCGGGUGCUACUCUUUGUAUGUUUGUUCCAGUUAGUGCAGUUUAGUAAGGGGCGUGUGAUGCCGAAGAUGUUUUUUUUCUAUUUUCUCUUUUGUUAUUUAGAGGUGGGGGGAGGGAUUAGUUAGUGGGUGUUUAAUUAGUUAUUUUCAUUGAUUUGGCACCGCUUAUCAUCCCUCUAUCAGGUUUGUUUCGAUUAAUUUGUUUACUUCAUUUUGCAUUUAUUGUACACAUUUGUAAUUAUAC